AUGUUAUCACUAUUACGUAACAUUCAAAAGGCUGGGACUAAUCGCUUGUAUUCAAUCAAUCGUAAAAAAUUCGUAUCCUAUAUCCAUUCUGGAGCUGUAAAAAUGGACAAAGAUUUCAAAGUUGACAAGGAGGAACUGAGAAAAAGGCUGACCCCUCUACAAUAUCAUGUAACCCAGGAGAAGGGAACGGAAAGGCCCUACAGUGGUUGUUACAAUAAGACCUACAACGAAGGGGUUUAUGUUUGUGUAGUUUGCGAACAACAUUUAUUUAGUUCGGACACUAAGUACGAUAGUCAAUGCGGAUGGCCUGCGUUUAAUGAUGUUCUAGACGAAGGAAAAGUGAAGCUAAGACCCGACACUAGUGGAGUGGGUUCGAACCUCUUACUCCUGAUAUCCCAACCAGGCAGGAUCCGCACGGAGGUGGUGUGCUCGAAGUGCGGGGCCCACUUGGGGCACGUCUUCGGCGACGGCCCCCCGCCGACUAGGAAGAGGUUCUGCAUCAAUUCCGCGUCCCUCAACUUCCUGCCGAAGGAGGCCAAAGCCGAGGAUAGAUGA